AUGGAAAAGUCGAUUAUUUUGGUAUUUUUCGUGCUGCUGGCGUUUUGCCAAGUUUUCCACGCCCGGCCGCCGUUGACGCAGGAUGAGAUAAAGGAGGCGCCCUACGUGGACUAUUUCGACGAGUUGUCGCUGAAUUGGCUGGACAGCGCCUCGUUUAAGGAAAACCUGCGCGCCGAAAAGCAGAAAUACCUUCUGUCGAUCGCCCAACGACACCGGGCAAUGAUGGCGAAACGCUUUAAAAUGGCC